CUUCAACCUUCUUUAUCAUUCAUAACCACUCUACUUAUUUAAACUUUUCAUCCUCAAUUUCUCUCUACCAAAUUAAAACCAAACUUAAAACAAAUAUGAGAACCAUAACAAACACUAACUCAUUAGCACCUUCAUCUUCAACAACUUCAAUGACUCACUCAUCAUGGCACUCGCCGAUACCAUAUCUUUUCGGAGGCCUAGCAGCGAUGCUAGGCCUCAUAGCUUUUGCUCUAUUGAUUUUAGCUUGUUCUUAUUGGAGACUCUCUGGUCAAUUACAAGACGACGAAGAAAACAACAAUAGAAACAUAGAGAAUGAAAAAGAAGGUGAAAAUUCAAAGAACGAAUCUGUUAAAGUUUAUGAAGAGAAAUUUCUUGUCAUUAUGGCUGGUGAUCAGAAUCCAACGUUUUUAGCUACACCUGUUUUCCCUAAAUCAUCUUCUGUUAUAGAUCUAGACGCCGCCAAUCAUUCCGAUAAACAGCGAGAAAAUCAUGAAUCUGUUGAGAAAUUAGAGAAAGAAGAAAUGGAAACAGAAGAACAGAGUGAGCAUCAGUGACUUAUAAUUAGUUAAUUAAUUUUGUUUAAUUUCUUAAUUUUUGUUCUGUUCUUCUCAUUUUAUCUGUUUUGGAUGAUUCGGGAAGUGUAAAUCUAUAAGAUGAGAUGAAUUAGAAUUGAGUUAAUUUUGUUUUAAUCUGA